AGCAAAAGAAAAUUUGUUCCUGCAACCAUCAACGGCGUUACAAUCAAUCUGCAGCUCGACACAGCAAGUGAUAUUACGGUGAUUUCACAACAAACAUGGCAAAAGUUGGGCUCACCGAACAUCCAACCAGUGACGAUUCAGGCCAUCAAUGCAUCUGGUAAGCCACUCCAUUUAUCGGGCGAAUUCCAGUGCACCAUCAACAUCAACGGCCAGACCCAACAAGGCAGGUGUUUCGUCACUACAGCAGUUAACCUAAACUUGCUAGGGAUAGAAUGGAUUGAACUAUUCGAGCUUUGGUCCAUUCCAAUCGAUACGAUUUGUAAUCAACUAACAACAGAAUCGAUCGACCAGCAGAUGCGAGAAAUUCAAGCGAAGCAUGCGGAUGUUUUUAAGGAUACAUUGGGGCAUUGCAAGAAAACUAAGGUUAAGCUUUACCUCAAAUCAAACGCAAAGCCUGUUUUCUGCCAAAAGCGUCUUGUACCUUUUAACACAAUACCUUUGGUUGAUGCCGAACUUACUCGAUUGCAAAACUUGGGCAUAAUUGAAACUGUCGAUUUCUCCGAGUGGGCAGCUCCAAUUGUGGCGGUGAGGAAACCGAAUGGACGUGUUCGAAUAUGUGCCGAUUAUUCAACAGGAUUGAAUGCUGCGUUGGAGGCAAACCAUUAUCCAUUGCCAACACCAGAAGAAAUUUUCUCGCAACUUAACGGCAGCACCAUCUUUAGCAUCAUAGACCUGUCCGAUGCCUAUCUUCAGCUCGAAGUUGACGACGAUUCAAAGCAUUUACUAACCAUCAAUACACAUCGUGGAUUAUUCCGAUUCAACCGUCUCGCACCAGGGGUAAAAUCAGCACCAGGAGCAUUCCAACGCCUCGUAGAUGGAAUGAUAGCUGAUAUUCCUGGGGUGCGAUCAUUCAUUGAUGAUGUUAUUGUUUUCGGCAAGGAUAUGAAAUCACACAAGGAUUCACUCAACACCUUGUUCGCACGUCUUAAGGAGUACGGAUUUCACGUAAAAGCCGAAAAAUGCCAUUUUUGCAAGACUCAACUUGUGUACUUGGGACACGUUGUAGAUAAGCAUGGUAUUCGUCCAGAUUCCGAAAAGAUCAAGACAAUUGCUUCGAUUCCACCACCAAGCAAUGUGUCCGAGCUACGAUCUUAUCUUGGAGCAGUGAAUUUUUACGGAAGAUUCGUUCGUAACCUGCACGAAUUACGUUACCCUAUGGAUCAGCUGCUUAAGAAGGAAUCGAAAUGGAAAUGGACGCCAGAGUGUCAGGAAGCAUUCGUCAAGUUUAAGGAAGCACUUCAGUCACAUUUGCUCCUAACGCACUACGAUCCAAAACUUCCGAUCAUCGUUGCUGCGGACGCAUCAAACACAGGAAUUGGUGCAGUCAUUUUUCAUCAAUUUACUGAUGGAAAAAUGAAAGCAAUUCAACACGCGUCACGAACACUUACACCCGCUGAACAGAACUAUGGACAACCAGAAAAAGAAGCUCUCGCAUUAGUUUACGCAGUAUGCAAGUUUCACAAAUACUUGCUUGGACGUCAUUUCACUUUGCUCACGGAUCACAAACCAUUACUUUCAAUUUUUGGUUCAAAAAAAGGUAUACCACUUCAUACCGCUAACCGUUUGCAAAGAUCUUUUAUCACGAUUGAUUGA